GGAACGCUCAAUACUCUGUAGAAUUGUAGACCUGUACUGACUAUAAUAUACUUUCUGUGGUUUUACUGUGUCGUCCGUGAAAUCCACAGGUAACGGUUCCACUUCCUCUUUUUGUUUGUUCACCUCUCGCUGGUAACGCAUUUUAUUUUCGUCCAUUAUUAAACGUUUGCGACUCAACAGUCAACAAUAAUUCAUCUUAUUAUAUAAUCCACUUACGCAGUACGUACACGGGAAAUUCGAUUCUCUUUUAUAUUUGCUCAAAACUAUCGUAAGCGACGUUCGUCAGUCCGAUUAUUUUAUUUCAACAGUAUACCUAAAAACUAAAAAAAUCAACAUCAUGGAAUUCCAAUUCGAUCUGAGCAAUAUCGCCCGGGAUCAGAUCAUCAAAAUCGACAAUACACUAUUGCCAGUCGGCUACCAGAAAGAGGACCCAGAAUUGCAAAUGAUUAUUUCUAAUAUUUUGGAUAAAAUGGGGCAAGCUUCAGGAAUUGCUCAAGAGUUAAAAUCUCCAAUUACUUCAGCUGAAAAACUGAUGCGUUCAGAUCAUAUUCUAUAUUUAAUGACAGAACAAACUUCACCAGGACAUUUUGUUGUCGUUGGUUUGUUGAAAAUGGGAUGGAAAAAGUUGUAUUUGUUUAAUAAAAAAGGUUCAAGAACUGAAGCUAUGGUCUACUGUUUACUUGAUUUUUAUAUUCAUGAAACCAAACAACGUCAUGGAUAUGGAAUAAAACUUAUGGAUUACAUGUUAAAAGAUAAUCAAAUUCAAGCAAGCCAAUUAGCUGUUGAUCAACCUACAAAUAAACUUUUACAAUUCUUAUGGAAAUAUUUCAACUUAUCUAAAUUAGUUAAUCAAGGAAACAAUUUUGUAAUUUUUGAAGAAUUCUUCGAAAAUAAUGCUUCAUCUGAUAAGGAGACUGGUAGUGAUCGAUCAAGUGGAUAUAAAAGUCAACCAACAUUUGGACGUCAUGGCGCAGCUAGGCAACAAGAUUGCAUGGCAAAUAUUCUAUACGGAGCAAAACCAACAGAGACUCAAAAUGGAAAUUCAAAUGAAAAUGCCAAUAGAGUUGAAUAUCAACAGCGAGAAAAUAAACAGCAUAAAGAAGAACAUCAUGUUGAAGUGCAACAUCACGUUGUAGAUGAAGGUGAUGGACAUACAUCAAACCACACUCAUCCAAAAUUAGAUCUCAAGAAUUUUCAUACUCAAUUAUGGUAAUCACUUAUACCUCGCCUUUUCUAAUAGGUGGUAGCUUAUUAUUUGUUACAUAUUUAUUACUGUAUUCUAUUAACUCUUGUUAAUUUAUACUAAUCCUAAAUAUGACUGCAAUUAUAAAGUAGAAUUAAAAAAAAGAAAAAAAUUUAAAAAAAUAUUGCACUAAUGGUCAUUCACUACAAAAUACUAAUUUAAUAAACAUAACAUUUGAUACAGCCAACUUUAAAAAAUAAUAUUUGGUAUACAAAUAAUAACACAAUAUUUUUAUUUUAUUCCUCAAAUUUUUAGUUGGUUGUGAGGUUGGUUGUUAGUCAAUAAGGCUAAUGCGUAAUUAAUUUAUAUUUUUAUAAUUUUUUUUAACCAUUUUAAUAUUUAACUUUAAUAACACGCAUUCUUCAUGUAAUAUUAACACUUUAAAAUUGUUGAGUGAAUUUUUUGUUGUGAAAAACUAAUUGAAGAUUUGUAUACUUUUAUGUUGACUGUCUUAUGUCGUUACUCAAUGUAAGGUCAUUGUAUUGAAAAUUUAUUUCAUUUUAAAAGGCUGAAAAUGUAUUUUCUAUAGAA